GUUUGAGUUGGAUUGCAACCCAUUGAAGGGGCUUGGCAGCCCGGCAAGUGCCAUGACCUCAUGGCCGGAACCUUGAAGGCGGCCGGCAGCGGCACCCUGGAGGAUGGGUCUCGGCGCAAGGACGCGGAGCAGGCCCUGCAGCGGCUGAAGUGCGAGGUGCCCCGUGAGGAGUGCCUCGGCGCCUGCCAGCUCUUGGAGUCCACGAGCCUGCGGAGCCGCACGUGUCAGCAGCGCCUGCUGGAGCUCUCGGCGCCCGAGGUACUCGUAGCCACCAUGAAGACGCAUCUGGCGGAUGCGGAGCUGCAGAUUGUGCUGUGCCGCAUCCUGCAGCACCUGGCGUCUCUCUCCAACGCCAGCGCCCGAAACCUGGAAGCCGCCGGCGCCUGCAGGGCCUUCAAGGCCGCCAUUGAAGCCCACCCCUCGCAGGCCGCAGUGCACCAGGCGGCAUGCCAGGCGCUGGAGCUGGUGGCUUUGGGGGCCCAAGAAGACCAAAACGUGUCGAGCGGUUUGGGCGGUUUGGGCAGUUUCGAGACUUUGGCUUCCGCUGCCGUCCAAGACGGCUUGGUGGAGACCCUCAUCGGCUCGCUGAAGCGGUUCCGCGCCGACGGCCAUGUGCAACAGGCGUGCCUGGCCGCGCUGCAGGCCCUGCAGUCCGGGCAGUCCGGGCAGUCUGGGCAGUCCUCCGGGUCCGUGAGCGAAGCCGUGGCCAAGGCCGGGGGCAUCGCUGCCAUCAUCGGUGCCCUGGCGGACCACAGAGACAACGCCCAGCUUCAGUACUGGGGCCAGGUGGUCCUGGCGGCCUUGUGCCAUGACAACUUGGAGCUGCGGGCGGAUGCGCAGCGCAAGUGCCACUGGCAGAAGAUUGAGAUCGACUUUGACGCUUAGCCCCAGGAAUUCACAGCAUGACUUUGGCGGUUCCCGUCACCUGUUUCACAUGACCCGUCUACAGGGCUUUACCGC